AGAUUGACUCGAGGAAUCUCCGCAAGGAAUUUCUCGAUCCCACUGCUGCACAGCACCGUGUCUGUCAAUACCGUAAAGCUGGCUCAGCCACUGCCCUCAAUAUCGUCGGUCCACGCCCGAGGCCCUGUCGACGCCUGGUACAAUUCCCACUACUCGGCGAAACCUGCAGCGUCUACCGACCGUCUACCGAGCCUUCCGCAGAUUCAACCGCACGCGAGCGGGUCUUCCACAUCCUCAUCGCCUCGGGGUGGUUCCUUCAGUGCAUCGUCAAUUGACAACGGAAGCGCCAGUUCCAACACAUCGUACUCUGCUUCCGUCAACGGUCAUACCGCAGGCUUCAAGACUCCCUCACCGGAGCAGGUCCCGCAACCUCUCAACCGCAACGGUCAGCCUUUGAAUGUGCAGUCGCAUCAAGGCUCUCCGUACGGUACUCAACAAAGCUACGGCUACCCUUCCGAGGGCUACAACAGCAUGAACCAGAUGCAAUCGUAUCCUGACGUGCAUCAACCGCAAAUGUCUGCUGCUACUGCUCACGCACCGGGGACCGCUGCGCCUGGAGGUCUUUCCCAUUAUGCAUACCCUCCUCAGCCAUCGAUGCCUCUCCCCGGACCCGGGUAUGGAUCGGCACCUCAAGGCUACACUUCUUACGGCUACCCCAGCGGAGUACCUUCCCAGCUGCCUGUUUCGUCUUCGAUGAACAAUCCCAUGGUUCCGCAACAAUCAAUUCAGCUUCCCGCCAUGUCGUCCACGGCUCCUGCAGCGUCCUUGCCAGGGUCGCAGAGCUACGGAAACCCUCACACAUUUGACCACACUGGGCAGAUUGCACCUCCAGGGAUGAAACCCAGAGUGACUGCCACCCUUUGGGAAGACGAAGGAAGUCUAUGCUUCCAAGUCGAGGCCAAGGGUGUGUGUGUCGCGAGACGUGAAGAUAAUCACAUGAUCAAUGGAACAAAGCUACUGAACGUUGCAGGGAUGACUCGUGGGCGUCGGGAUGGUAUCCUGAAAAGCGAAAAGACAAGACACGUUGUCAAGAUCGGUCCUAUGCACCUCAAGGGCGUCUGGAUCCCUUUUGAACGAGCUCUAGAGUUUGCAAACAAGGAGAAGAUCACGGAGCAGCUUUACCCGCUCUUCGUGCACGAUAUCGGAGCAUUGCUCUAUCAUCCCUCGAAUCAGACGAGGGCAAGUGUAGGCGGCGCUGCCAUGGCUGCUGUUGAUCGAAAUCGGAGACCUGACUCCAUGCAGACCAAUCGGUAUCUGACUGGCGGGCCGACGACAUCGCAACCUCCAGCUCUACACCACCACCACUCGAUGAGCAACCCGGUUGGGGCGGCCAUGUCUCAACCCCCGCACUCGAUCCAACCGCACCCAGCCUCGGGCCGUCCCGGUCUAGACCGAGCCCACACGUUCCCCACGCCUCCUACGAGUGCUUCGAGCAUUAUGGGUAUGGGUAACUCGGGAAGCUCCUAUGAAUGGAGUAACGCCAAUGUGCAAGGUGUGCAAGGAAAUCAACCCUUAUCUAUCGACACAGGUUUGAGCAACAACCGCUCUGUGCCUACUACACCUGCAAGCACCCCACCUGGGCCUGUGCAGCAAGGUAUGUCUUACCAGACAGCUCAGAGCUAUGAUGCUUCGCGCCCAAUGUAUUCGGCGCCCCCAUCUCAACCCCCUCAAUAUCACACUCAGUCUCAGCCCAUGAUGGGCUACCCAAAGACUGAAAUGGCACCGCCUGCUCGUGGUCCUGAUCAGGGCGAUGUUAAGCCCACCGACGCGAUAUUGGCUCAGAAUGAUGACUCUGUCAACCACAAUGCAGGUGGCGAUGAGGGUGGUGAGCAUGAGUACACGCAUUCAAGCGCGCCUUACAACGGCAACCGAGCCCCGUACGCGUAUAAUCCUGCUCCAGGCUCUGGUCCCAUCACAGGCGAGCACCCUCAUCUAUCCCCUGAAAUGACGGGUUCGCCUCACCAAAAUGGCUCGGGGCGCGCAACGCCCCGCACGACCACCACCGGCCAAACGCAAUGGAAUUCGGGCUACCCGACGCCUCAGCGUCAAAAUGGCCCCUCUAGCAAUCUGUACAGCGUCAUGAGUGAUACGCGUACAACAAACGGAAACGCACAGCAAGACUCUUACCCUCCGCCCGGGUCUCAGUACCCUAGCCAAGGGUAUGCCACGAACGGUGUGGCACCUGGCAAGCGCGGUCGUGAUGACGAUGAGGAUCCGUAUGGCCGCCCUGGAAGCGUUCAAAGCGAAGACAUUGACGGCCUGAAGCGGCGAAAGACCAUGGACGGCGGGGCUGUCGCUCCGCCGUACGGUCCAGAUCCCAAUGCCGGACUUCAGAGGUCUCGUACAAUGCAGACGCAGCGCACCCGCAGAUAAGCCUAUUGUCCUCGGUUCGUGUUUGGGUGGAGUUUUGCCGCUUUUCAGACCGCGAUAGACGCGAUUCACGAGUGCAAGCAUCUGUUCUCCCGAGAAGCACUUUCGCUGCCAUUGCAGCGACCUCGACAUGGACGCGUUCAGAUGUCGAGGUACGGUGUAAUCACGCCACAGCAACGAGCACACUCCCUCCCCA